AACGAUAAAAAUCUACACCCACAGGCCAGGUCACACAGCUCACACCUGUCUCUACUUCUUCUCCUCCUCUCUCUCUCUCUCACCAUGCAAAGGCAGUCCCUGGGCUCACCGGUCUCCAAGCUCCACCAGGCCCACGGCGGCGACGACACUCUGAUCCACGACGACAAGCGCUCCAAGGACAUUUUAGCCUUUUCCGCCUCCUCCUCCUCCUCUCCUCCAGACUUCGACGACAACAAAGCAACAAAGCCUCACCGACUGUCCUCACCGCCACCCAUCACUCCCGACAAAGUCAUCCACGUCAUCCCUAUCCUCACCGUUCUCUGCUUCCUCAUCCUCUUCCUCUUCUCCCACACACCCUCCCAGUCAGGUACUACCACUCCCUCUCUCCCUCACUCUUCUCACCUCAAUCAACGGCUGUUGCUCUUUUCAGCUAAAAGCCUCACCGUCCGGAUUUUUUUGCUCUCAGAUUUGGCUCAGUUCAAUGGAUUCACUAGACUAUCCGCGCCCAAGCGCGUAGACUCUGUUAACGAAGAAAUCGGCGACAUCCGGCGAUUCAUCGACGUCCGGAAAACCGAUGCGUUGGCGAUCCGGAGCCUGAGGGACUUAGGAUCCGAAACCCGGAAACUCACCCCGAGAUCUCGCUCCCACAGAAAAAUCGCCGAUUUCUAAGCCGCAUUCCCUGGUUCUCUUCUCUAAUCUCUACCAUCGUCAUCUUCCUCCAUUUCCAUACUGGGUUCUCCAGCCACGCGGAACUCGCACGUGCGAAGCUCGUCAGCUUUUUUUUUCCCACGUGCAUAUUCAAUCCCAUGACAGCCUAUAUUUGGCUCUAGUUUCUUAUUAUUUUUAUUUUUUUUCUGUAAGCAAUAUUACUAAAGUGGAAAUAUUUGGGACCAGAGAAACAGCGUGUAAUUAAUUUUUACUCUAUUAACUUUUUUUAACGAUGUUCGAGUAUGCCGUACGCUAGUAGGCGUAAAUUAGUGUAAAUGUGCGCCUAGUGGGUAACAGCUGGAGGUUCGUACUCGACCGUUACCGCGCCUCGGGUUCUGGUCGGAAUUUGCCAGCUGGAAAAACUU